AUGGUGGCCCCUUUACUUGACAGUGUGUUGGCUAAUCCCGGCACUCUCAGGUUACCCUAUGGCAUUGCUGAGAUAGAUGCCAAGAGGCAGUGGGGAGCUUCCAAAGGUCAACUCCCACCACCUCUACUCGUCUCGGCAAUCGAACACAAGGGUGCCCAUAUUAAUAUUAUUCGCGACUUUGCCCAGGCGUUAGAUGCCGUAAGGGUAAGAUCUGGGAACGUUGCCAACAAUGGACCCUGGAUACAAGAAUCUCCAUUAGUAACAGCCGUUCGGGUAGGCCGAGUUAGCGUCCUUAAUCUACUACUUAAGGAUUAUCAAGAUCUACUCUCUUGGAUGAGAUUCGAAGACGAAGAUACCAACCCGGAAACAUUAGGUAGGCCACCUUUGUACCGACACUACUUGACUGCGAUGCAUCGUGCUAUAGAAUUCUUUGCUGCGGAGCAAGACCCUACACUUCGCCAUAACAUCGAAGAAUGCGCCUUAACUCUUAUUAUUUUUGGGACUUACCUAGGUCCCCUCAAGCCAGAAGCUCAAGUUGCCCAAGACGGUAAAACCACGUUGCCACCUCGUUUCGUUCUUACCCCCAGCUUCUUGUCAGCAAUAAAUUCUGGAAUGGAUCGAUAUACCACUGCCGUAGUACAUCGAACGCUAAAUCUACCACCAGGAAAUAAUCACCGAGAAGCGCUUAUCAAUGAUGGACUUGUCGAAAUAUUAGUUAAAGCAGCCCAGUCGGGAAGACACCCAACUCUCAUCGGAUUAAUCGUUAACCAGGCAUUUUCGACUGAUGGCGAGAUCCUUCCGUUCCCCUCAGACAGCAGAACGGCCUGGAAUGCAAACCCCAUCGCAUUGGCGCUUACUUCUGGGGCUAGCCCACGAGACGCUGUCCAAAUUUUGCAGAUGCUAAAAACGCCACUCCUCCACCGCGCGGCCCGGAGGGGAGUGGCACCGUGGGAAUAUAUAGUUCGGCUGCUAACAAAUGCUAGCAUAGUAACUGAGGCGGCGACAGGAGAGUGUUUGGAGUAUUUCGUGGAGCACAUGAAUUACAUCCAGACAUUUCUUUUAGGAAAUCGCUCACUGGAUCCCGAUCUCAAUACACAAGUGCUAGAGCACUGUACUAAUCUUGUGCAGCUUGCACUUCUGACUGGUAAAAGUUCCUUACUUAAUUUUUUCUGGGCUGCUACACACAUGACUGGUUUUGAUACUCCAAGAUGGUUGCGCCAAGCAAUUCUCUGCGGCAAUAGCGGAGCUGUCCAAGUUAUUGUUGCUAGAUGGAUUGAACAAGGACAAUCUUUAGAAACACUAUUGCCUUCGGUUGAGUCGAUAUCGGGGAUUCCCGGUACUGAAACUCCUCAAACAGCUUUGAACGACGCCGUUCGGGUUGGACACCUUUCAGCGGUAAUUAUACUGCUGAACGCGGGUGCUAAUCCAAGCUCCGUUGACUCAGAUCAAUGGGCUAAUCUCGCAAAGGAAGUGUACGAUAGAUAUCAUGAUUUGAGUCGUUUUGAUUUCAUAAAACUAUACUUUAGUUAUGGAUUUUUUGAAUGGAAUGCGGCGGUGGUAAGCGACGAGGAGAUGGAAAAUAAUCAAGCCGUUGAACAUUGUGUGAAACUAAUCUAUCAGGUUGCACAGCAAUAUUCUAAACGCGAGAAACCACCUUCUAAGAAGUAG